AUGCAUUUCACAUCUGCUGCCGCACUCGUUGCCCUCUCCUCCAUCGGUGUGGCCUACGCUGCGCCUUUGGCCAACUCCCAAGACGACCUCACUCGCCGCAAGCCAGAAUAUGAAGUUGUGAAUGUCGGCGGUGAUUCCUCGAGCUCGGCCGUUCCAGAGGUCGAGACUGUUACCCAGACGCUCAACUCAGUGGUGACUGCAGCCGGAGCCCCCGGUGUGCCUUCUACUGUCACUAUCACCGCCACUCCAUCUCCCACCCUGUCUCCGUCUUCCGUGGCUCCCAGCUCGACCCCUAACGCUCAUCAUGCUCCUCCCCCCGGUGGUUCUUUCAUGCCACCCCCGGACUCUUCUUCCUUUUUCCGACGUGGUCUGAAGGCUGCCGGUGAUCCAUUCCUGUACGCCCGCAGCUGGGUUCCAUCUUCCAGUUCCUGGCCUGUGUCUGCGACUUCUCUCGUUGCUCGCGAUUUUGAUGGCUGGUAUCCGUCUUCCUCUGUGGCUACUCCUACCUCAAGUGCGGUUUCCUCUACUUCUCUCGUCGCUCGCCAGUGGGGUCUGCCAUCUUCUGCCACCCCGAGCGUAUCCGCCACCCCGCUCGUCGCCCGUGAUCUCAAUGGCUGGUAUCCGUCUUCCUCCGUGGCUACUCCUACCUCAAGUGCGGUUUCCUCUACUUCUCUCGUCGCUCGCCAGUGGGGCUGGUCCUCCAGCAUCGGUCUGCCAUCUUCUGCUACCCCAAGUGCAUCCGCCACUCCCCUGGCCGCUCGCGACUUUGUUGACGACUCGUACUCCCCCGACCUAUCCGCUGCUUCUUCUUCACCAAGCGUGAGCGCCUCGGCCUCGCCCACUCCUUUUGCCCGCCGAGCUAUUUCCAGCACUUCGAGUGUGGCUACUCCUAGCUCCAGCUGGUCUAUUCCCGCUGCUGCCUCCCUCCUGCCCUACUAA